AUCGCUCGUACCAUACAGCCUCAGAUCUCACAUUCAUCACAACAGAGAAUUGUCAUGAAUGCUCCCAAAUAUUCUACUGAAGCUAAAGUUUCAGCAGAUAUCACUACUGCAGGAAGUACAUUUGGAACAUUACAGCGAAACCAAGGAUUAGAAUAUCCAUCAAAUAGCAAUCGACAGUUGCCACAAAAUCGAAGACCUUUUAAGCAACCAGAAGCGUAUGCUUCAAUCCACAAAAGCCGUACUGGGCAACUAGGAACGAAUUUGAACCAAAGACGGGGCUCCAAAGAUGAUGGAUCAGUGAAUAAUGGAUUUGGAACAGGAACCCAUGCAUAUGGAACAUAUGCUACUUUUGGUCGACCUCAGACUCGUGCUCUUCAGAAUCAGCAACUAAUGCAGCAGGCUGCUGUUGAAGCUGCGCAGGCGGCGCAAGCUAAUCGUAACGUAGGAGCUGUUUACAGUAGAGCACAGCAGAAUAUAGUAUCAGAAAAUGGAUCAGCUUCCUCGAUGCUUACUGUACGCAACAGUCCAGGUGCUGAGAACCGUUUAGCUAUGCGUGCAGCUGGUGCUAACAGAGAACAGUCACCUUAUCAGAGAACUUCCCAUCUAAAAUUGUCAUCGUUUAAUAGCACCGCACCCAGUAUAGAUUCCCGUAAGAUGAAUAGUAUACAACAACAGCCAGGCUCAAUCACUGGAUCAAUUUAUAGCAGCUGGUCGCAACAGCGACAUGCUUCACAACCGAACGAUUGGCCAAACUCUUCAUCCUGUGACAAGACUUCAGUAGCUAGUUCGAGUCACCAAGAGCAGUGCUUCACACCUUCAUCUACAUUAACUAGUCAAGGCAGUAUGUGCAAUUACUCAUCCCAACGAUUACCCACACCUGGAUCACCAAAUCCGCAAAAUGUUUACAGUAGUGGGCAAUUUAUGCGAAGUGGUGCGACUGCUACCUGUAGUUUAUAUGGUAAUUUAGGCGAUGAAUACGGGGCGCCACAUUUAGAAGGAGAUGACCGAGAUCGUACAUUGAAAGCUCAGCAGCAACGAAAACCACUUCGGCCUACAGUUGCUACCGGGAACACUACCAUACGACACCAGAUCAAAGGCUGCACUAGCGGUCCACGUCAAGAUGAUUCAGCCAAUCAUAGUCUGACAUCCAGUAAUGAAUCAGCAGAUAAUACUCGUAACAACGCACACGGUAGUCGCAUUGUAGAUUCAGUUGAAUUUGCUACCAGUAUUGUUUAA